AUGGGAGGACAAUCUAGCAAGAAGAAAGGUGGUGAUGCAACACCACCAGCCCUCCAAAUGAACAUUGAUUCCCAAUUCUCAGCUGAUCUUAGCUCAUAUGAGGCCGCUUGUACACUUGAUCCGAACUUGCAAUCCUUUGAUAAUAUUAUUCAUGAAUGUACCAGUCGUGUUAUCAGCUCACUUUCUACCGGUGUUGAGGUUCGUUCCUUGUCUUUUGACUCACUCAAAGAAGUCAUCGGAUCUCUUCUUGAUAUGAACCAAGAAGUGGCCAAAGUAAUUCUAGAAUGCAAGAAAGAUAAAUGGAAUAAUCAAGAAUUGUUUAAUUUGGUUGAAGAGUGCUUUGAGAGUAGCAUCCAGAUCUUAGAUUUUUGCACUGUUUUUAAGAAUUGCCUUAAGCGUGAAGAAAUGGGAUUACAGGAUGGGGUUGAUGAGGAAAGGUAUGUCAAGACGUUGGAGGAACUAAAGAAGUUUAAGGAAGCUGGGAAUCCAUUCACAGAGGAGUUCUUUACAUUGUUUCAGUUGGUGUAUAAGCAGCAGUUGUCUAUGUUACAGAAAUUGCGGAGAAGAAAAAGAAAGCUUGAUAAGAAACUGAAAUCCAUGAAAACAUGGAGGAUGGUAUUGAAUGUCUUGUUUGUUUCUGUAUUUAUGUCUGUAUUAAUUUUCUCAGUGGUGGUGGAUUUGGAUUUAGCAGCCAACAAGGAUCAGCUUUUGGUGGGGUUGCUGGAGGAACUGGAAAUAGAUUUGGCUGUGUUUUUUGAGCAGCAGAAAGUGUAUUUAGUUAGAAAGGGUUGGCAGGAUCCAUGGAAUCUUUAG